AUGGGUCUUGAACAAUUCGAAUUGCUGCCCCAAUCACCAUCAAAAACCCUGACUCCAAAACCGUAUAACACCAAAGGUCUUUUGUUUGGUAUAUUCAUUGGAAUUUUUCUCGGAAUUAUUGGUAGCUUACUUGUUGAAAAGAGCUUCAACUCGACACCAUUCCACAGACCAUUGUCACGAAAGGCUCGAAAUUUGCCUGCUUCACAAGAUGAAGAAAAACAAGCAGUUGACCUGUUGAAGAUUUGCCGGGCUAAUGAGGCGAAGUUGACGCUUCUCAUCGACAGCAAAAACUCCGAUAAAAAGUCCUCCGCUUGUCCAGUCCCUCAAUCAUUCGAAGGGAAAUGCCGUCUCGGGUCGGCGUAUUUAAAGGAAACUGACUCCUGCUACUUCUAUCAUGAAUCCACUUACAAUGAUGAGGGACAGUUGAACAAGUAUAAGUGGGAAACAGCCGAGAAAGACUGUACAAGAAGCGGUGCCCACUUGGCGUCCAUCCAUUCAAAUGUUGAGCAGGAAUUUAUGAAAAAAAUGAUCAGCUCGAGUUUCCGAAAAAAUAACCCAAAAGCGACUUCAAAAAAUGGAUGCAACGGUAGCGAUUUCUACGUUUGGUUCGGAUUGCGGCGUGUGGAUGGGAAGAGGACGUACAGUGAUGGAACUCCAGAUGAUUACGUUGGGACGGAAGUACCAAGUAUGACCGGAAAUCUCUAUUAUUCGAUGUGCUAUGAGUCGACAAACAUCAACCAGACAUCCAUUUACUACUAUCAACCAGAAAAUAAUCGAGGGAUGGCUCGAUAUAUCUGCCAGAAACCCGCGAACAAA